GGUCCGAUGUAGAGAAUUGCUCUUAUCCCAAUGUCAUUCAAAUGCAGACUAUGUAAAGAUUCCUGUCUUAAGAUAUAUAGAUUGUUACUUUGAGAUGCUUGUAAGAUACAGCAUUGUCCAUGCCGAUUUCGAGCAGUAUUGAAUAUUUCUUCCCAAGAGGAUUAUGUGUUAUACAUGAAUAUUGGUAACUAGUUUGUAAUGGCUUCGGACGCAAGUAAAACAGGUCUGAGGGUGAUUCAAAAUGCUCCAAGAAAUCAAAACGAUGACAAUACUAAAGAUAAAAUUAAUGUUGCUUUGGAAUAUGAUGAAUCCUCUAUUCAUAAGACAAUCUUAGUCGGAGACAGUGGGGUGGGAAAGACAUCACUUCUUGUACAAUUUGAUCAGGGAAAGUUCCAGGCUGGGUCGUUUUCAGCAACUGUUGGAAUAGGAUUUACGAAUAAAGUGGUUGAUGUUGAUGGGACAAAGGUUAAAUUACAGAUUUGGGACACGGCUGGUCAAGAAAGAUUUCGCAGCGUUACGCAUGCAUAUUACAGGGAUGCUCAUGCAUUGCUUCUUCUUUAUGAUGUAUCCAAUAAGGCUAGUUUCGACAACAUACGAGCGUGGCUUGGUGAAAUAAACGAGUAUGCUCAGGAAGAUGUAGUUAUCAUGUUACUGGGUAAUAAGGCUGAUAUGACAACAGAAAGAGUUAUAAGAACAGAGGACGGAGAGCGAUUAGCUAAUGAAUAUAACGUUGCCUUUAUGGAAACAAGUGCCAAGACUGGAAUGAAUGUAGAUUUAGCAUUUAUGGCUGUUGCAAAGGAUUUAAAGAUGAAGAAAACAAGAAAACCGACUGAUCCUAAAUUCAGUGUAACAGACUAUGUCAACCAGGAAAAACAAAGCAUAGGAUGUUGCAGUAGCUAACCAUAUAUUAUGUGCAAUAGAAUAGGUAAUUUUUAUCAAUUAUGAAUGAUUUGAACCUCGUGCUGCCGUCAUUUCCGUGGUUGUACCGAUGAAGUCCAAGAUUUGUUUUUCAUCAAAGAUUUAGAGAUGGAAAUGUUCACAUUUAAUUUACUGUAAAUCUGCUCAAUCUGGAAAACAUUUUUGUUCUGUAUUGAUUUUUUUUCCAAACAGUGUUAUUUUAAAUAGCAAUUCAUCUUAUAAAAGUCCAUAAUUCAUUUUCAAAGCAUUUUCGUUUUGAAUACAUAUGAUCAACAUGCCUCAACCAUUCAGCAAGUUUCAUCAUAUGAAAAUGGGUUCGCAUCUUACUAAUAUCUAUACAAAAGGGAUUUUGACAACAGGAUUAGUGAAUUUGUUUAUAUUCACUUACGGUAGAAUCGUACAACAUCUUUUUUUUAAUUUUAUGAAAGACAAAUGCAUCUCAGUUACAUGAAUGAAAAAUAUCUGAAGAAUAAUCUUUGCAUCAGCAUGGACUGGAUUAAAAAUGUAAUUUUCAAAUGUUCAUGUUCAGAUUUGUUAGGUUUGAAAUAUUAUUACAAACUGCCAUUAUUCGCUUUCAAAGGGCAUCUCUUACGGACCAGAACAAAAUGCCCUCUUAGAGAACCUGAUUUGACGAUUUUUUAUUCUGAAUUGUCAGGGAACUCUGUUCUAAUUGUAUAAAAAUAUAAAAACCACAGUUAUUGUUCAACUGGCUUAUAUAGACACUGUUUGCACGUGUGUGCUCUAGAAAUUUAAUUCAAAUGAAUUUUUUCAAUUACUAGUAUAUAUAUUCUAUUUCUUUAUGUUUUAUAUAUGAAAGUUUUUUGUUCGUUUUUUUUUAGAAACGACAAAUUUCAUAUGAAAUAGGAAAAUGUGAUCUGUUGUGAAAUCCUUAUUUUUUUUAUACACGUUUAUAAUUUGUUUUGCAUUGGUCUUCAUUUUGAUUGUCUGAUAUGUUAGAGUAACUAAUUUUAGUUUUUAAAGUAUAUUAGAUAUUAUCAAUAAGGUAUAGUGGAUGUAGGAAAAUUAGUAAAUGAUUUUGUAUAUGUAGAAGGGUAUGGUAGUAGGUUUUUCUUUAAUACCAUCAAGUAAAACAUAAAAAAAAUGUUAAAAUGAAUGUGACCCGAGCGAUUAAUAAAUUCCAUAAUACUUCCAUUAUUUGGAAUACAGGUUUAUUCAUUUCGGAAAUAUUGUUGAAUAAUGGUAAAUAUUACCUUUCUAUACAGUAGUGUACUUGGUGCUCUUUCAUCCUUUACUCAUAUAAUUAUGAUGAAAGAUACUACAAAUUGUUUUCAUUUCACUGCUUGUAUUAAAGUUUAGUCAACUUACACUCUACACGUCAAGAAUUCCUAAUUGUGUGUAUGGUAUGACGUUGUUUACAGUGAAAGUGUUGUGCUAAGAUCUGAUAUUAUUGUUUUAAUAAAUUGUUACAAGAAUUUA